UUUUCAGACUGGGGUGACCCCCGACUCCUGAACCAGCAUCUCAGAUGCACCCAGAGGUGACCUCUAAAACUAGGGAUGUCCUCCAAACACAGUUCCCGCUGAGCCCGUGAGAUCUGUGUGUUUAAUGUGCUGUUUUUCUCUCUUCCCAGGCAGCCAGGAUUGCUUGCCACCUGCAGUGUGUUUUCAGAGGAGGCGGCUGGCACGGAAACCCGGCUACAUGAGAAGCGACGCUGGGCCCCAGAUCAGGUUCCUGUCCCCUGCCGUGGGUGCUUCGUUCCGGGCCCAGGCAGGGGCGUGUGGUGAGAAGUCCCACCACUCUGAGUCCAGGGCUGGACGAUGCAGCCUUGACCCUGGAGGCCAGUGGCGAGGCCCCGUGGUUGGGAGCCCUCUUCCCAAGAGCACAGCAGCCUCAGCUCUCGCCUGUGGGGGCCACCUGGGCCUCGCUCGGACCCCAGCAAGAGGGACCUCGGGGUUCUUUGGGAUUCAGUUCAGAGCUGGCACCAAACUGCCCAACAGGCUGACCAGGCUGUGUGGCCCUGGGGACACUGGGUGUCGGGGGGAGCUCCCACCCAUGGAUAGUUCUGAGGCCCUGGACCCGCAUCGGGAUGCUGCCUGUGGUGAAGGAGCGUGGGGCGCCUGGGCAGAAGACUGUCUGGCCCCAGAGGAUGUGGGUGACACCAGCUGCAGCCUCGGAAGUGGCCCCAAGGUCCCCUCAGCCCCUGCCAGCUCUCAGGUGGCCUUCACCUCCAGCUUCAGCUUCAUCCAGCUCUCACUCAGCUCCGCCGGGGAACGGGGAGAAGCGGAAGGCUGCCCACCCUCCAGAGAGGCCGAGGACACGGACGCCAAGGCCACCAGCUUGGACAGGCCCCGAGAGGAGCCCAGACUUUCCGCUCCCCCCUUCAGUCUCAAGGUUGCUCAGGGCCCUGCGGACUCUGCCCAGACUGCAGGGGGCAGCCCUAGGCCGGAGUGUGAGCCACUUUCUGUAUUGAACACAGACGCCGCCUCCUCAUGCUCCUCUGAUCCCUCAGAGCUCGAGGGGGCUGCUCUCCACUGGGACCUGCUGCUCAGGAGGUGCGAACCCCUGCUUCUGGAAUGUCUGCUCAGCAACCGCAGGCAGCUGGAGGUGAACUCCUUGAGAUUAAAGCUUCAGAAACUCCAAGAAAGAGCCGUGGAGGAGGAGGAUUAUGAUAAGGCUGAGACGCUGAAACAAAGAUUGGAAGACCUGGAGAAAGAGAAAAGCAGCCUGCACUUCCAGCUCCCUUCGCGGCAGCCGGUCCUCAGCAGCCUUCUGGUCCACCUGGGAGCGCAGGCCGAGGCCGCCCUGCACCUGGCUGCUCAGCAGGCGGGCGGCGAGGACACCCAGGCCCUGCUCACAGUGGAGCCCAGUGCUCAGGACAACCUGUGCGCGUCCAUCGCCAGGCGAGACUGGCUUCUUCAGGAAAAGCAGCAGCUGCAGAAGGAUAUAGAAGCCCUCCAAGCCAGAAUGUCUGUGCUGGCAGCAAAAGAUCAACAGCUGAGAAGGGAAAUAGACCUGCAGCAGCAGCUCCUCCGGUGGCAGGACUGUGACCUGAGUCCCCUGAUGGGCAGGCUGACCCUGGGCGAGGUGCAGGAGGUCCGAGAGGCCGUGCAGGACACUCUGGCCUUGGCCAGUCAGAUUCCCCUCCCUGCAGGACCACCGGACGCCAUAAGGAGCCUCCAGGAAAGGAUGAAACCCCUCAACUUGUCACUUAAGGAAAUCACCGCGAAGGUGUGCAGGACCCAGAGACUGUGCAGCGCUCUCAGGAGGAAAGUCAACGAGAUUGAAGCCCAGCUCCCGGCCUUGCUCGAAGCCAAAAUGCUCGCCGUGUCAGGAAACCAUUUCUGUACAGCCAAGGAGCUGGCAGAGGAGAUCAGCGCGCUGACAUCGGAGAGGGAAGGGCUGGAGGGACUCCUGGACAGGCUGGCGGCGCUGAGUUCCAGGGACGUCACCAAGCUGGGGAGUGUGAAAGAAGAUUACAGCCGGCUGCGAAGGGAGCUGGACCACGGGAAGGCUGCCCACGAGGCCAGUGUGAAGGAGAGCGCUGUGAGGUACAUGGACGCGCUGGAGGACAAGCUGCGCAGCUGCAAGUGUCCGCUGCUUGGAAAAGUGUGGGAAGCUGACUUGGAAGCUUGUCAGUUGCUUAUCCAGAGCCUGCAGCUCCCGGAGGCCAGGGGCAGCCUGUCUGAAGAUGAGAAACAGGUGAACGACGUAGGGGGAGCCCCCUGUGCAACGGGUCCAGGCUUCUCCCCUAGGCCCCACUCUGAAGAUGAGAGGAGGACCCCAUUGCAGGCACUGGAAGAGUGGAAGGCUCACCUGGCUCCCUCUCCUCCCUGUGUUGGCAGCGAACAGAAAGAGGAAUCUUAUGUCCUUUCUGCAGAACUGAGAGAAAAAUGCGAAGCCAUAGGCAAGAAGUUACUGUACUUGGAAGACCAGCUUCACAUGGCGAUCCACAGUCACGAUGAAGACCUCAUUCAGUCCCUCCGGAGGGAGCUCCAGAUGGUGAAGGAGACCCUGCAGGCCAUGAUCCUGCAGCUCCAGCCAGCCAAGGAGGCGGGGGACAGAGAGGUGGCGGCUUCCUGCGUGACAGCUGGCGUCCGGGAAGCGCAGGCCUGAGGCUGCGGGACCAGGCAGGAGGAGGAAGGUGCUCGCACACUAUGAAACUGAGCCAGAGGAGACCAAGGGACUUUUCUUGAGACACAGAGCAAGAGUGACAGAGACCGUGGACAUUCUUACCUGGUGGUCUUCAUCAAGUGCCUUCUGUGUAUUUUGGGGGACUGUGCACCACAGGGCUUGUUCAUUUAUUUAAACCAUGGUCACCUUGGGUCCUGCCUCGAGAGUCAGAGAAACUGAGCCUGGGGAAACGUUGGCUUCCCACCUCCCACACAGGCCCUGCUGUUCUGCGGCCAUGAAGUCUGGGCUCAGACAGGCUUCAACACACCCACCCAGCCACCCCGUCCUAACCAGCCAUUCGUUCCCCAUCUAUCAGAAAUGCCACGCCAGCAACAGCUACUACUGCCUGACACGGGACAGGUUUUCUUGAAAGUUCCCAUCCAGUUGGUGUUGUCCAGAAAGCAACACUAUACUCCUUGAUCAAUCAAUGCCUUCUUGUAUAAGCAAUUUAAUACUUUGAUUUUGAAUAUCUUUCCCUUACCUCACCUUUGGAUUUUGUCAUAUAAUUUAUUGUUUUAUAAAGCUGACAUUUUUGUUACACGAAAUUAAAACUGAUAACCAAGUCGUAUUGCACCAUUAACACUUUUUUGUCUUCUGGAGUAUAAUAGAAAAAUGUGUAAGGUUUAUUUAUCACAGCUUUUUGUUACAGGAUGAUUAGUUGUACAGUAACUUAUAUCACACAAAACAUCUCUAAUAAAGCAAUGCUUUAAAA